AAAGAGUGGGUUCUUGAGCCAGAGACAGAGUAUAGGUUCGAGCUCGACCCCGGUAUCUCACUAGCAAUCAAGCUGGCUCAUGGACAGGCCGAGGUCUUCGGUGCUGAACUCGCGGAAGGCAAAACAUAUCUUUUCGGGGCCGAAUGCAGGGCCGCAGUUUUCACCUGGCAGGGCUGCACCUUGGAGAUAAGUGCUACACCAGGCACCUUGUGUCGUUUCAUACAACUUCACAUUACAGGUCGCCCCUCCACAGAGUAUGUAUCCGAGGAAACCCCUAUGGCGGCAUAUGCAAAUGUGCACAUUGCGUUCGAGCAAAUGCGUGUCAGGGCACUCCGUGUCAUGCAUGGCUCUCCUUCUUCAGAUGAUAAUGCGAGUGCCAAUGCAGAGCCCCCAAGAGUCCUUGUUCUUGGUCCAGAGAACUCAGGAAAAACAACAGUAUGCAAAAUUCUAACAAAUUAUACUGUUAGAGCAGGGCAGAACUGGUCCCCAGUAUUGGUCAACGUCGAUCCGAGUGAGGGUGGUUGGGCAGUUCCUGGAGCAAUCUCGGCUGCUCCAAUUCGCAGUCCUAUAGCUACAGCGUCACCUGCCAAUCCUCUUGGCUCUGCUGCAACAUCAGCUCCCACUGCCCUCUCUUCGAAUGCUUUAAUACCGCUAAGCUAUUGGUAUGGGCAUUCAGAAACUAAACGAAACCCAGUCUUACUAGACCGACUCAUACGAAAUCUGGGAGAAAAUAUCAGAGAAAGGGAUGAAGAUGACCCGGAGGCGCGUGUGUCGGGUUUGAUUGUCGACACUCCAUCAUCUUUUGCAUCGAGUUCUGGCAGCGCACCAGACAACAGGCAUACGCUCAUAAAAGCAUGUGUCGAUGCUUUCAGAAUCAAUGUAAUUCUCGUGGUUGGACACGAAAAAUUGACCGUUGAAAUGCAACGCCUGUUUGGCAAUCGUUUCACAGUGGUCAAGAUACCAAAAUCGGGAGGAGUUGUUGAAUUGGACCAUGGUUAUCGGGAACGCGUGCACAAGUAUCAGUUGCAUACUUACAUGUAUGGCCAAAAAAUAGACCCACCCCCUGGGAUAACCUCCGCAAUUGUUGGAGGCGAAGCGGUGGCAGACCUCGUCCUUUCGCCAUCCUCAUGUGUCAUCAAAUUUGAAGAUUUGACGAUUUAUCGCAUAGGUGCAGAGAAUAUGGCUCCCUCUUCUGCGUUGCCUAUUGGUGCUGCACGCAUGUUGUCGGAGAUGCAGCCAGUGCUUGUUGAUCCUGCCUCUAGCAGCUCGGGCCUACUUAAUUCCAUCCUCGCCUUGCUUGCACCCUUCAACCCGGAUGAGUCCGAGCGCUAUGACGAAGAAAUUUUGGACCUGGCUGUAGUCGGUUUCCUUGUUGUUACCAGUAUCGAUGCCCCCAACCGGAAAAUGACGAUUCUCGCGCCUAACCAAGGAUCACUUGUCGGCAAGACAGCCCUUAUGGGGUCCUUUGAUUGGCAGGAAUAAAGUUGGACAAAGUCGAUUUCAUGGGAUCAUUCCUCAAGGACUCUUGCACAUAGAGUCCCUGACCAGACAAAUGACUGGGGAACUCGAGCGGCACGUUUAAGGUGUGGCAGGGCACAGCUUUUACUCCAUCACUUCAGCGCAGUUGUACUUAACAUGGUUCCUUGCAAGAUAAACAAUUGAACAUUGAACGAUAACUAUGGUUUCCGCAAGGAACGUUACAAUCACUACAUUUCAGACUAGAGCAUAAUGAUUAUAAGGUUUGUCGACCUAUUCAAAUAUCACUUACUGCGCGCCAAAUUUGAUCUGUUGGUAACUGAGCUUCACUGCUUUCUCUUGACACAAGGUUGUAGAUUGUUGCACUAGUUGUCUUUCUAUUACGUAGCAAGGUACGAGCGGAGGAACUAGAAUUAGGUCUUUGAGCGAACAGUAAACGUGGCGUUCGCACCUC